AUGGAACCUGCUACCCAAAUGGCUCAUGACCAGCAACAACCAAAAUGGGAAGGCGUGGCUACGGCAGAGCUACUAGGCCCUAAAGCAGAACAAGUGUGGCCUUUUUUGGAGGACUUCUUCGGCCUGCACAAGUGGUUCCCAACCCUCACCACCUGCCUUCCUGUACAUGGUAUAUCAGGACAACCAGGGUGCGUGCGCUACUGUGCCGGAUUCAAGACUCCGGUUGAUUGCGAAGGCGACCAGCCGGAGCCUAACUGGACGAAGCAGGAACUACUGUCCAUAGACCCAAGCCAGAUGACGUAUAGCUACUCCAUUGUAGAUGGGAAUGUUGGGUUCAACUCGUACAUUUCGACUCUGAAAGUGGUGCCGAAGGAAGAUGGGUGCAGCAUUGAGUGGAAGUAUGAGGUUGAGCCAGUGGAGGGUUGGACACUGAAGGAUCUGGACGUGUUUAUUGACACUGGCUUGCAAGUCAUGGCUAGCAGAAUGAAAGCUAGCCUCUCUCCUAAACUCGAAGUUUGAGCUUCUCAAUAUUAGUAAUUAAUUAGUAUGCAUCAAUUUACUUCCAUUGGGGUGUUUUUUUUUGGUUGAAUAAGUCUACUGUUUGGUAUGAGCAGUGGU